UUCUAAUUCAUAUUUGUUUCCCAAUUAAAUUACAUUUUUCAAUUAAUCUUAAUUUUAUACAAAAUUUUGGACGAUUAAACUAGUGUGACUUAUUCCAGAAAGAUUACGUUUUCUUCAUCUGUGCCAUUUCUGUGCUUUAUUUCUAAUGAAGUGAAAUUCUUAUUUCUAAAAAUAAAACACAUAAGUAGUUAUAUAACUGAAGAAAAUGCGAAGUUCUAGAGUGCCUACAUCUUUAUCUUCUGUUUCAUCGAAAAGUUAUGGAUCUGAACGAAGUAGACAUAGAACACAUUCAUCUAGACAUUCAAUAGAUUCUGAAACAUCUUCGAAAAGUCAUAGCAAAAUGAAAUUUAUUAUUGUUGUUGGAAUAGCUUUACCUAUAAUUGCGGCUAUAAUUGGUAUUGUCGCAUGGGCUGUUAGUGCAGACAGUGCAUUUUAUGCAUCUGAUGAUAAAACACUCCGUAGAUCGGACACGAGUACAACAUCUCAAGAAGAAGACAUUUUUCAAAUAAUGGAAAACCGUCAUGAGAUGGCAUAUAGUCGUUACCCAACAGCAAACAGUCAAGAUAACCAUGAUUCAGAGUUAUCAAGAUUCGACGCUAAUCAAAACCAUCACCCGCAAAGUCAGUUUGACGACACAACAGAGAAGGAUCCAUUGUACAUCGUGCAUUUUGUGCCCUCACCAAAACCCAAAACAGAAGUUAGUACUGCGGGACCAGACACUCCAUCAACCGUACCCGAUGAUGUCCUUAAAAAGAUUCUUUCUGUAAGUAAGGGAGCAAAGCCUGGAACACCUCAAUUUGUAGUUUUUGCUCCAAUGCCUGGAGAAGAAGAUACUACUGAAAAAAUGAAUGAUAUGCAUUUGGGAGCAUCCGGUUUAAAUUUUCUGUCAAAACUUCCUCCACAAAAAACGGAAAUGGACUACGAUUAUGAAGAAGAACUGAGGAAGUACCAGGACAUUUUGAAUUCAAAAGAUAAUUUGAAACAAACAGUGCAAGUUGGCGAAAAUCUGCAAAAAACUACUAAUCAAGCAGAUAUUCUGAAAGAAUCCAUGCGUUUAAUUUCACAAAAUUUUACUUCCGGUAAUCUACAUCAAAGCUUCCAACAAAGCCAGCCCAGGACGGAGAGCUCAAACAUUGGAUUAAACUAUGCAGACUUCAACAGGGCAUCUUCCCAAGCACCAAACUAUCUUUCUCCAGAACAAAGUUACAUCCAACAGAAUAUCAACUCUCCUCAACAAACCUAUCAAAAUGUGCCCCAAGUCUACCCAAAUGCUCAAAGCAACCAAGUAGCACAACAUACUUACCAAAGACCUCAACAAGUACCUCCCCCAGUUCAGCAAGUAGCUAACUAUCCUCAACAAGUGGUAAACUAUCCUCAACAAAAGGGGCUAAAUAACCAUCCACAACAAGCUGGAUCUUAUUCUCAGCACCAGACACAAGGUGGAAACUACGCGCAACCGCAGAAUCCAGCCAUAGGUGUCGACAGGUCAGGACAAUACGAACCUUUGGGCAUUAAGUUAAGCCUUGGUAAUGGCAAUAAUGAACAUGCUGGGGGACUUCUGGGUGGAAUGCACAGUCCCUUAGGAAUAAUUUCAUCUAUAUUAUCGCCUGUAAUAAGGAGACCAAAAGUGAACUUGAAUGGCAAACUCAUGUUUGGUGUCAUGCUGGAAAAAGGCGUCAAGUUUGGAGACGACAAAGGACACCAAGCACCAGCACAAUAUGGUUAAACAUCACAGAUUCAACGUUAUAAUAUUGUUUACGUGCCUUAACUUAUUAAAGACAUUAUUUAUUUAUACAAAAAAAGUUAUUUAAGUUAUUAUUGUUAAAAGCAUUAAAUCUGGCUUUUAUCACCAAAAAAAAGCAGUUCAGCACAGUGAGACCAGGAUCUGGUGAUAGGAAAUCGGGAAAUCCUCAGGAUUUCUUAAGGGGAACUAUUCUUAUUUCUUAUUCUUUUUGUUAUUAUGUCUAUUUUGGUAGCUCUCUGCAUUUAUUAAUUUAAAUAAGCUAUCUCAACCAAUUUUCGAGGUCGGUUUAGUUCUGUCCGUUUUAAUGAACUUAAUCUCUAAGUUUUAUUUUCUGCUCUAUUUCUUUCCCACCUGGAAGAACACCCAUUACUUAUUUGUAUUUAAUUAUUGUAUAACAAUUAUAAUAAAUUCUUUCUUUUUUAAUAUAUUUUAAAGAUAGUGGACACGGAAUAUACCAAUAAUGCUAAAAGCUGACUUUUUCUCAGCAUCUAAACAAGAUACUGUUGCAAUUUGUUUUUCAUAGCAUAUUUACCUAUACAUCUUUACACUGUGAUAACUGGUAAUACAUAUCUUUGGCAGAAAUGUUUUGAAAAGAAAAAUAAGUAUUGAGAACUUUUAAUUUCUUAAAAUUCUUCUUCAAACAUCUUUCAUAACUCAGAAAGUAUUCCUUACAACCCUAAAACAUUACAACGGCAUGCAACUGAUAUAAUCUCAAAUAUUCCCAAACAAUUUCAAAGCGAUAUCUUAAAUAGUUUCUUAGAAAAAUGUACAUCGAAAAAGGUCAGUUUUAGCAUUAUUGACAUAUGGCUUUUGCGACUCCCGUUAAGAACAUGCUUUUGCAUCUUAAACUUUGCAUUUUGGAAAGGAUUAAUCAAAUACCUGUAACAAAUGAUUCAUUGUAUUUUAGGAUUAAAUUAAUAUAUUUACUAAAGUUUCAAAACAUUUGGGUGCGACUAUUAACAACUAUUUUUUUAGACAU